AAGACUUCAUUUUUAUCUGAAGAAAUUUUUAAAACGUUGAAAUGUAAUACAAUGUUUCCGCAUAAAUAUACUUUCUAAUGGAUAACAUAAAGAGGUCAGAGAAAAGGGAUGAGUGAAAACUCUUCCGGAUUAUUAUUCACAAUGGUACACAUCACGGAUUACUCUAGUAAACAACGUGUAACUACUUUUUCUCUGGAAAAGACGAUGUAUGCCAACAUUACUACAUACAAUACUAGUAAUGCAGCAUUGGAGAAUAGAUACACAGCAUCGCGGGAACUUCUAGUAAUAGCCGGUAUAGUGAUAGUUCCUGUUAUAGUGAUUACAUUAAUAGGAAAUAUACUUACGAUAAUCUCGUUUAUACGAGACAAAAAAUUACAUGAAUCAAUCAACAUUUACAUUCUGAAUCUCGCUAUUGCAGAUUUCCUGAUCGGGACUAUUAGCAUGCCGAUAUACCUAGCGUAUACUCUAAAUGAUAGCGUUUGGAUAUUCGGAUAUCAGUUCUGCAAGGCGUAUUUGUUACUGGAUUUAAUAUUCACGUCUGUAUCAUUAGAAGUUAUGAUUCUAAUAAGCUUUGACCGUUAUAUUCUCCUUAAACACUGGUCAAGGAAUUAUAAAGAUCAGACCAGGAGGAAUGCUUACAUACGAAGUGGUGCCGCUUGGAUUAUUGCAUUAGUUUUAAAUGGUCCUGCGACUCUGUUUUGGGACAUUUGGACAGGAGAGAAUUCUGUACCUUUAGAUGACUGUGAAGUACAGUAUCGAAAUAAUUAUGCAUAUACGGUAGCUGUUGCAAUAGUAGCAUUUCCAAUUCCGUUUGUAAUAUUGACUAUAUUAAAUACAAUAAUAUUUUGGGAAAUACGAAAAUUACUUUCAAGAAGAGCACAGCUAAGUAAUUUAUCUUCUCUUUCAAACAGCCGAGACUCGACUUUGUCUAGAUCUGCGUCAAUCAAUGAUGUUUACGCAGGUAGUGUUAAUUUUGUUCAUCAUUUGCAUCGAAGGAACAGCCUACGUUCCAAAGAAAUAUUCCACACACGUAAUGGUAAAAAGGCUGCUAAAUCCCUCGCAAUAUUGACAGUUGUGUAUGUAUGUGCAUGGCUUCCUUAUGCUGUUGCUAUAGUCAUAUAUUCAUUUUGUAGAACAUGUGUAAGUGUACCGCUUUUUGAAACAUGUACGUGGUUGUUAUGGUUUAAAUCGGCAAUAAAUCCAUUUUUAUAUGCUUAUAACUGUAACAGGUUCCGGUCAAAUUUCAAAUACUUCUUGUCAUGUGGUAGAAGACAAAAGUAUAUAGGCGAAGGACCAGUAAUUGUUUAAUGUAACGCGCGCUUUGAUUUAAUCAUUGGAUUAAUGUUCAAUUAUAUUUAGAUUGUGCCCAAAGAGAACCGCCAACCUUUGACUUGGAUUAAUGUUCAAUCAUAAUAGCGCCAUUGUACACUAGUCUUUAUAUUUUCUUUAGACUGUGAAUGUAAUCAUUGAAUACGUUUUGUAUAAUUGUCUUCGUCGAUGUACUCUUUUCCCUCAGUUACCAACAACAAAUCAUAGUCGUACCAUUCAAUACUUUGUGAAACUAUUGUACAUAUAGCAUCUAAUA